AUGGCGGGUUCGCGCUCCCCUCACUAAUCCCUCCAGGGACGUAGCGACGCGAGCGCCCUUCUCAAAGAUGGACGUCGCUUGCGCGCCGCUGCCCGUUUGCCGAGGCGGCGCCUGAGGAGCCGCGCGGGAGGUCGAGGGAAGGCGGCCGCCUCGGGUGCGUCGGGGGCCGAGAGGCCGGUUUCUCCGGGGGUGGAGGAGGCGAGGCGGGCGCCUCGAUGGGGGACAGGAGCCCGUAUGGCGGGCUAGGGGUCGGGGCGAAGGAAGAGGAGCUUUUCCCGCUGCCUCCGCUGUUCUCCGCCGCCGCCGCCGCCGCCUCGCGUUUCCGCGCGAGGAGCUCAAGGCGGCGGGCCGGUGCCGGGGGGGGGGGCAAGCCGCUCCGCGGGUUUCGGGCUGAGCAGCGGCCUGCGCCCCCCCUAACUUGAUGCCACGCCAGGCCGGGUCUCCCCGGGGAUUCAGGGUCGUCGCAGGACCAGGCUAGGAAGAGAUUCAGGAAGGAGCAAGUGCUCCAGGCAUGGUUGAAGUGCGGAACUCACUGCCACAAGAUCCAGUGGUGGCCACCGGCUUAGAUUGCAACUCUUCCUGCAACUCUUUAAAAAAUAGACAAACUCUGUGCUCCUCACCGUGGUGCACCCAAGGUCAAUUUAUGAAUGAAGGGCAACCAUUCACGUGGAGGGGGAUGGCAGCCAUAUGCUUUGAAUGCAAAGGUCCUCUGUUCGAUCCCUGGCAUGUCCCGGGAGAGUUGGCCUGGCAAAGAGACCUGUUGUGAGCCAUGGGGAGCUGCUUCCAGUCAGGGGAGGCGAGGCUUCCUCAACCUCGGCCUCCAGAUAUUUUUUGGCCUACAACUCCCAUGAUCCCUAGCUAGCAGGACCAGUGGUCAGGGAUGAUGGGAAUUGUAGGGCCGAGGUUGAGGAAGCCUGGUGUAGGCAAUGCUGGACAGACUGUGUAAGGCAGCUUCCUGAGGUAGAAUGUAAAGGAGUCGGGGUGAAAUCGGGGGAUACUGCUGAGAUGGGGGCAACUUUGCUGUCUAGCCCUGAUAAUCUCAUUGAUGGAUGAGAGACGAAUGGGAACAUUGGAAGCUGCCUUCUGCUGAAUCAGACUGUUGGGCCAUCUAGCUCAGAUUUUCAGACCCAGGACUCACCUUUUAACUUAGCUGCAUUUGGGGAUCCCUUUCUGAAUUCCGUAUAUUUGUACAGUGGCACUGCUGCAACCUGGAAGUGGGUCCUGACCCACCAGUUGAAGACCAAUGCACUCAAGCAUGGCAGAACUUUGUUUUUUUGACUCCAAGGGUCGGUGUUUCUGUGUCUCGCAUAGUUUUAUGUAUGUGGUGCUGCUGUUGUUACAUCAGAAUGUUUUACUCAUGUCACUGCCUGAAUGGAGUCUGUGAGAUCCCCACUGUGCAUCUGCUGCCAUGUUCUGGAUGUGGUCUUUGUAUCAACUGGUAGCCCUAAUUUAAGAAGCUUUGGUGGCUAUAUGUUAGAAAUGAAAGGCAGCAGCUGCACACAACUGGUUUUCCAUAGGCUGAAGCAGCCCAAAAUCAAUGCAGACUAAUUUUUUCAGGGGUCACCCACAUACUGAAAGCAAUACUAGCCCUUGAUGGACAUGAGAAGUAACUUAAGUUCCAGGAGUAUGUAUUGUAGUAAUGUUUACUGAGGCCUUGACUCAUAGAUACCAACAGACAGGUCACGAAAGGCUCUAAAUCAGGGGUCAGCAAACUUUUUCAGCAGGGGGCCGGUCCACUGUCCCUCAGACCUUGUGGGGGGCCGGACUAUAUUGGGGGUGUGUGUGAACGAAUUCCUGUGCCCCACAAAUAACCCAGAGAUGCAUUUUAAAUAAAAACACACAUUCUACUCAUGUAAAAACACACUGAUUCCCAGACCGUCAACAGGCCUGAUUUAGAAGGUGAUUGGGCUGGAUCCGGCCCCCGGGCCUUAGGUUGCCUACCCUUGCUCUAAAUAUAUUGGAUGUGUAGCAGUUCAGGGGUGUUGGUGUUGUUUUGAAGCUAUUCUACCUGUACGUCAUCACCCCUCACCCCACCUGGAGUCAGGGGAUGAUUGGCAUUCCCAAAUAACAUCAAUGCAGAACUUGCACUGAUCAUCCAGUCAUAAUUAUGGCAGACGGAGGGAAAUUGUGAAGAUCUCUAAUGAGGAAAAAGAGCACUCUGUUUCCAUUGCUACUUGCUCAUCCAUGCAUGCGAAGGCACCAAACCAGGAGCAUAGAAAACUUAAGUGCUCAAAGCUUGUCAAGUAUUUUAUCUUUAUGCUCAUAUUCUAGAUUGAAGGGCUGAGGUUGACACACAAUGAUUUCCUUAAGGCCCCUGUAAAACUCAUGUCCAAGGUUAGAUUUGGCAUAGGAUUUUCAGCUCAUAGCUUGCACUCUUACCCAUUGCACCAGCUUUGUAGUUUGCCAAAGGCUUCUUCUUGAGGGCUUUGGUUGCAUUUAACAUUCUGUUGCUUCUCCCUUGUUCUCUCAGGUUGCAAUUCAGGUUGCCAUUAGAAAUGAAACUUUUGUUCAACAGUAUGGCAUGGUUUGGAAAGUGUCAUGGGUUGGAAAUAAGAGUUAAGAAGAGCUUUUGUUGACUUUUCCUCUGGCAGGUCAUUCAAGAUGUCAGAAGGAACCUCAGGUAACGAUACUGGGAAUCCUGGUGGCAGCAUCCGGCCUACGCUUAGUGCUGCACGAGGGUUGAUAGGGAGAAGAACCACUGCCCCAAUUACCCCAGGCCGGCUGCCCUCCAUUCGCUCCAGAGACCUGACUCUUGGUGGAGUUAAAAAGGUAAGUGUUUAAUGUUUAAGGAAAAACCCUGUAAGAUACUCUCUUUUCUACACACACACACAUUUCUAGGAUGCAGGUAUAAAAGAGAGACUGAAAAAUGUUCUUUUCUGAUCUGGAAUCGAAAUUCCCAUGUUGUUAAGGGAUUAGGGCAGAGGGCUAGCAGUUGGAACCCUUGAUUCUAAUUCAUGGCACAGUGUUCCCUUCUGGCCUUCAGCAAGUUAUUGAUUCUUACUAUGUUUUGUUUCCUUAUCUAGGAAGUGGGAGUAAUGUGUAUCUACCUAUUUCAACAGUAGGUUUAAUCAGUCCGUAAUUUAAUGUUGAAAUUCCUACCUAAUGGAAUUUUUAUUUUUUUUUUUAUAUAAUUUUUUAAUUGAUUUUACAGACAAGUUUUAUACAAUACAAACAAAUAAAAAGACAUACAAACAUGUAUAGUUUCAUAACCUUUUUUUUCAUAACCCUCUCUUCUCGGACUCCCCCAAACCUCCCCUUCCUACAUCCCAAUUUCCAAAAUUAUUUCAGCAAAUUCUAAAUAAUUUUAUCAAAUAUAUUUUUCUUAUUUUUUUUUCUUCAACUUAAUCUUAUGUCGCUGUAAUCUCCUUUUCUUUCUCCAAACCUCGACAUUUUAACAUUCCUCAAUUUUAUGAUAGUUCUUUAGAUAGAUUUUAAAUUUCUUCCAAUCUUCUUCCACCGUCUCUUUCCCCUGCUCACGGAUUCUGCCAGUCAUCUCCGCCAAUGUCAUAUAGUCUAUAACCUUCAUCUGCCACUCUUCCAAGGUGGGUAGUUCUUCUGUCUUCCAAUACUUUGCGAUGAGUAUUCUUGCUGCUGUCGUAGCAUACAUAAAAAAAGUUCUGUCUUUCUUUGAUACCAAUUGGCCGGCAAUGCCCAAGAGAAAGGCCUCUGGUUUCUUCAAGAAAGUACAUUUAAGUACCUUUUUAAUUCAUUAUAUAUCAUUUCCCAGAAAGCCUUAAUCUUUGGGCACGUCCACCAAAGGUGAUAAAAGUACCUUCAGUUUCUUUACACUUCCAACACUUAUUAUCAGGCAAAUGAUAAAUUUUUGCUAGCUUGACUGGAGUCAUGUACCACCUAUAGAUCAUUUUCAUAAUAUUUUCCUUUAUGGCAUUACAUGCCGUAAAUUUUAUACCGGUGUUCCACAACCAUUCCCAGUCAGCAAACAUAAUGUUAUGACCAAUGUCCUGUGCCCACUUAAUCAUAGCUGAUUUAACUGUUUCAUCUUGUGUAUUCCAUUUCAGCAGCAAAUUAUACAUUCUUGACAAGUUCUUAGUAUUGGGUUCUAACAGUUCAGUUUCUAAUUUUGAUUUCUCCACCUGGAAGCCAAUUUUCCUGUCUUGUUUAUACACCUCCAUUAUUUGAUAAUAAUGGAGCCAAUCUCGUACUUUGGGUUUCAAUUUCUCAUAGCUCUGUAGCUUCAACUUAUCUCCAUCUUGUUCCAAAAUUUCCCGAUACUUUAGCCAUUCGGCUUCCAUAUUAAGCUUUUUCAACGCCGUGGCUUCCAAAGGUGACAACCAUCUAGGGGUCUUACUUUCCACCAAAUCUUUAUAUCUUAUCCAAACGUUAUAUAAUGCUUUCCUGACAAUAUGAUUUUUAAAGGCCUUAUGCACCUUGAUUUUAUCAUACCAUAAAUAUGCAUGCCAACCAAAUGUAUUGUUAAAACCUUCUAAGUCCAAGAUGUCUGUAUUCUCGAGGAGCAUCCAUUCUUUCAGCCAGCAAAAAGUUGCUGCUUCAUAAUACAGUUUUAAGUCCGGCAGGGCAAACCCCCCUCUUUCUUUUGCAUCCGUCAGUAUUUUAAAUUUUAUUCUGGGCUUUUUGCCCUGCCAGACAAAUUUCGAAAUAUCCUUCUGCCACCUCUUGAAACAGUCUAUCUUGUCUAGAAUUUGUAAUGUUUGGAACAAGAAUAACAUUCUAGGCAAUACAUUCAUCUUAAUAACUGCAAUUCGGCCUAACAUUGACAAUUUCAAAUUUGACCAUAUUUCUAGAUCUUUUUUAAUUUCCGACCAACAUUUUUCAUAAUUGUCUUUAUACAGGUUCAAAUUUUUAGAUGUCAAAUAAACCCCUAGGUAUUUCACCUUCUUUACCACUGUCAAACCUGUUUCAUUCUGAAACUUCUCCCUCUCCAUGACUGUUAAAUUUUUUUCCAAAACUUUAGUCUUUUGUUUAUUCAAUUUAAAUCCAGCUACCUGGCCAAAUUCUUGGAUUAGCUCCAACACCCUUUUUGUACUAGUGUCUGGCUCUUGUAAAGUAAGUACUAAAUCAUCUGCAAAGGCCCUUAACUUGUAAUGUUUAGCUCCGACCUGUACACCUUUAACCUGCUGGUCAUCUCUAAUCAUAUUUAGCAACACCUCCAGAACAGAAAUAAAAAGUAAUGGGGAAAUAGGGCACCCCUGUCGUGUCCCUUUUUCUAUUUUAAAUUCUUCAGUUAUCACAUUAUUUACAAUCAAUUUAGCUUUUUGUUCAGUGUAUAUGGCACCCAUACCAUUCUCGAAUCCUUGGCCUACCCCCAUCCCAUGAAGAUUCUUUUCAUAAAACUCCAAGAAAUAUUGUCAAAGGCUUUCUCCGCAUCUACAAAGAUCAGAACUGCUUUAGUGUUUAUAUUCACCUCUAAUAAUUCCAAAAUGUCUAUUAUGUUCCUCACAUUGUCUGAUAAAUGCCUUUUUGGGAGAAAGCCUGCUUGGUCCUUAUGAAUCUUCUCCAUCAACACUCUUUUCAAUCUUUUUGCCAAAAUGUCUGCAAAAAUUUUGUAAUCCACAUUAAGUAAUGAUAUUGGGCGGUAGUUCUUAAGUUGAUUCUUUUCAAUCUCUGUCUUUGGUAUGAGUGUAAUGUACGCUUCUUUCCACGAUUCUGGUGCCCUUUUCCCCUCUAAGAUCUCAUUACAGACUUCCUUUAAUGGUUGUACCAACCACUCCUUCAAAGCCUUAUAAUAUCUGGAAGUCAGUCCAUCUGGUCCUGGAGAUUUGCCCAGUUGCAUGUUUUGAAUGGCACCCUCUAUCUCUUGAUCUGUUAUUCUCUGAUUUAGAUCCACCUUACUUUGGUGAGAGAUUUUUUUGUAGUCCAUACUUUUAAGAAAUUCUUCUAUAUCCUCCUCCUUCUGUGGUCCUUGUGAAUAUAGUUUUUAAAAUAACUCAAAAACAAUUUCUUAUCUCGUUAGGUUUAGAUAUAUUCUUUCCAUCCACUUCUAGGCUUGUAACUGUGUUUAGUUUCUGCCUUUUCUUCAAUUGCCAAGCCAGAAGUUUACCACAUUUAUCUGCAGAUUCAAAUGUCUUUUGUCUCAUUUGUUUUAUCUUCCAUUCAAUCUCUUGAUUCAUCAAUUCCAUGUAUUGUGUCUGGUAUAACUUAAUCUCUCUCAAAAUCUCCUGGGACUUUGGUUUUGAUCUCAAUUUCUUCUCUCCUUCUUUUAUCUUUUCCAAGAUCUUGUCCUUCUUCUCAUUUUGCUUUCUCUUUUUUACAGAAUUUUGUUGAAUUAGAAAUCCUCGCAUCACUGCUUUACUUGCGUCCCAGAUCACUCUUUUUCUACAUCAGUUUUUAGAUUUAUUUCAAAAUAGUCCUUUAAAAUUUUUGGGCCUUUCUGUGGAUCUCCUCAUCUCGAAACAGGGUGUCAUUCAUCCUCCAUCUGAAUUGACCAGUUGUUGUAAGUUUCAUUUCCAUCUUCACGGCGUUAUGGUCGGAGCAGGUCUUUGGGCAGAUUUCCACUUUUUAAUCUUUGGAGCCAACCCACUAGUAAUCCAAAUUUGAUCGAUUCUGGUCCAGGUCAUCAUUGCUUCAGAGAAAAGGUUCCCUCUCUCUCGAGAGGAUUCCUUGUUCUCCAAAUAUCAAUCAAGUCCAUAUUUUCAGUUAUUUCAAAGAAAGUCUUUGGUAGUCUCCCAUCUCUGGUGAUUACCUGUCUUUGUGCUUUGUCCAUAUUUGUAGAUACCACUCCAUUCAUGUCUCCCAUCAUGAUUAAUUUGUAAUCCAAAUAGUCCAACAAUGUCUCAUGCAACUUCUUAAAAAUUCUGACUUCCCUUCAUUAGGUGCGUAAAUCCCUAGUAUCAAAAAUUUUUCACCUUGAAUUUGCACUUCAAUUGCCAAAUACCUUCCUUGUUCAUCUUUAAAUAUAAACUUUGGGGAAAGUUUUUUCUUUUGCAUAGAUUACCACUCCUCUUUUCUUAACUUUAUCCGAUGAAAUAAAUUCUUGACCUAAUCUCUUAUUGACGAGUAGUUUCCUAUGCAAUCUUGUUAUAUGAGUUUCCUGUAAACAAAUUAAGUCCAACUGCUCUUUUUUCAAUAAAUGAAAUAUAUUUUUCCUCUUUCGCGGAAGGUUAAGUCCGUUACAAUUCCAACUUAGAAGUUGCAGGGCCAUCCUGAAGCUAUUUGCCUCCUGUUGCUCCGAGUAGUUGUUCUUCUUCUGUUGGUGAUUUCAGUCCAAACGUCAAGUUUAAAAUGUCUGUUGCGUCUUUCGAUUCUGGUGUUAUUUCCUCUCCGACUGUUCCUUUCAGAAGGUCUUCCCUAUAGUGAUUUAAAAAUUGAUCUCGAUCUUCUACUGAUCUUAUCCUUAUUUUCCUACCUUUGAAUUUAAAAGAUAGGCCUUGCGGGAAUUCCCACCUGAAAGGUACUUCGUUCUUCUUCAGCAAUCCGACCAGUUCUUUAUAGUUUGUUCUUGCGUCUAGAAUUUCCUUUGGAAUAUCUUUAAAAAUCUCCACAAAAGAAUCUUCGAUCUCGAGUGUUCUUUGAAAAUGCAGGCUCAAUAUUUUAUCUCUCUCUUCUCUUGAUCCUAAUGUUAUUAGGCAAUCCCUUGGCUUCUUCCUGCCUUGUGCUCUUCCCAGUCUAAAGGCAGUGACUAUUUUAAUUUCUUCUUUCUCUAACUCCUGUUGCCAAAAAUCCGCAAAUUCUUUAGAAAGGAAGUUCGCCAAGUUAUCUCCUUCACUUUCAGGCACCGCUCGUAGUCUUAAAUUUCUGUCUCUUCUCUGCAAUUCAAGCAUAGACAGGGCCAAUGUGUGAUCUUCUAACUUUUUGCAAACUGGUACAAUUUUUUCCUGUGUAGCAUCCGCCGAGACUUUAGCCUCAUCAGCAGAGACUUUGGCUUCUUCUGCGAUUUUACGUAUAUUGGCAGAGUCCUCUAAUAUUUUAUUAAUAGAUUCUGUAUUAGAUGUCACCCUUUUCCCUAAUUCAUUCACACUUUGUGUAUUCUGAUCAAGUUUAAUUGAGAGUUCUGUCAAUUUUCUGCUAUUUUCCACCCCCUGCUUUGUCAAAGAUUCCAAAGACUCAUUUAUUUUAACCAAAGCUUGUGUUACAGGAUCUGAUGACAUUAUUGUUCUUGUCUGACCAGUUGCAGCUGGUGCCACUGGGAUGCCUGGGACUGAAACUCUUCGCUGUGAAGAUUUUACUUUGUAUUGUCUCCCAGACCUGGUUGUUGUCUCUUCUGGUGCACCACUCAUGCCUAGCCAAGGUCACUCUCACAGCUGUUAGUUGUUUUUCAAGGGAAAUUUCCACUGCCUUAGUAGUUACAAUCCAAUUUGCAACAAUUAUCAAAGUGCCCUCUAGGGGAAGAAAGUUUCCAAAACUAAACAAAAUGUCUUACAGCCAAAAAUUCCCCUGAGGUUUCCCAGUAGUCAAUUGUAACAGUUCUUAUAUUUUCAGAGUUCAACAAACCUGUAAUUUAGUAUCUCUCCUGAGCUGAGUAGUUUAAAACAAUGUAACAAUCCAAGUGACAGUUCACUGACAGUUCUCUCUCUCCAGGUUCCUUUGCCCCGGCAGUCCGUUUCAGGGGUGUUUGACACAGUGGUGAAAAGUUUUUAAAGUCCUUUUCUGGCAGGUUCUAAUCACAGUUUCCUCCCCUUUUGCUCCUGCCUACCAAAAGGGGGGAAGUUCACAGUUUAUGUCUGGUUCUCUUAACUCUUUGCGAUCUCUCAAUGGUUACAGCUUUUAAUCCUUCUUUGCUUUAUCCUUAUGCAGUCCGGGAAAGGCUGACUUCCUUACUUUAAACCAAUCCCGUUUUCAGCCAAAUUUCAAAAAGAUAGUUGUAAAUCCCAAUUAGGUCUCAGUCUUACUCACGAGUUUUGCUUUAUAAUCCAAUUUUCAGGAAGGAAUCGGCGCUCUCCGGCUAUGGCGAUGCGGCUUCGCUUCACAAGCUAGGUAUCGGCUCUCAGCACCGCUUCUCCCCCCGCUGCCGUUCCGGAGCCUUUAAAAAGGCUCCCUUGCGAUUUCGGGGGGGCGCGAUGGUGCCCACCGAGCCUCCUUGUUCACAGGCUUCCGCGCCUGUAAUUUUUGAGGGUCCCCGCUUCGCCGUAGCGACAGGACCCGAACUUGUAAAGCAGACCCCCUCCGGAGCUCGGAGGGAAAUCCGCCAUUAACCGAUGGCGCCGACCGGAAGUCCCCCCUAAUGGAAUUUUUAACCUUUCUGGUUGCAGGAAACUCAGAAUAAACAAUAAACAAUGUGUGGUUUACCCAAUAAUGUGGUUUACCUCCUCUGAGCCAUCAGAUUCCAAAGAAUGCCAGACCGCCUUUUGGGUUUCCUAUGCAGUCCAAUACAUGCCUACUGAGAAGUAAGACCAAUUAAGUUCAAUAAGGUCCAGAUAAGUGUGUAUAGGCUUGCAGCUGUAGUGGAUGAUUAGCACAGUCUGACACAAUACAACUUUUGUUCUUAAAUAUACUGAAGUAGUUUGAUAAGAAGAGGUUAUACAUACUACAUCAUGAUCCUUGCUGUACUGUUGUUUUAAAUAAAAAUAUUUUUUGUUUUGUUUUUACAAAAUAUUAUACAGGUGGUUUUUAUGUAUAGGAGGUUAAAUCAUAUUAACAGGUCAUCAUCACUGUUGGAAAAUGUGACUCAGAUUUAAAGCAGUGGUUUUCAAACCAUGUUUCAGGAACCCUGCAGUUCCUUGGGAACUUAUCAGGGAAAAAUAGUUUAUUGAAAAAAACAUUUUACCCACCAUGAUCAGUUUGCCAUAAGUUGCAAGGGAAUAUUGAGCGUAUUCUAAAGUGCACAUUUACUUUGCAAAGAGUGGUGUGAGGUCUGGUUUGCCAGGCAGGGCCUAUUAUCAACCAAUUGUGCAUGUUAGAACAUGCCUCAGACUCUUCUACAGCAUGCAUGGCUUCUGUGGGAGAUGACUUAAUGUGGAAUUUUCUCUGAAGGUGAAAAGUUUGAAAACCUCAGGGUUGAAACCAGAAGUGCGCUUCCAGCAAACUCUAAAACUUGUGGGUUAUCUGAAAGAUCUAGCUCAGUUCAAUCUGGAAUUGAUAGUGAAUGUAUUGACAAAAAAAAAAAAGGAAAAGAGAUUUACAUAUUGCCAACUAAAACAUAACCAUUAAGGCAAGUUGGAAGGUCAUUAUGAUGGUUAAAAUGACCUAUUUGGCAAGAGUUUUAUGAGGGAAUUGUAUGUACUGUACUAAUAGCUUCCAUAUGAAAGGAAUUUGGUUUGAUUACUGGAACUGAUUUAUUGCAUACCAAGAUGUUUUGUUAAGAUUAAUAACUUUGUCGUUUCUCUCUCUUGAUUUGAAUGUAAUGAAAAGGAGGAGUGUCAGGUCAUGGCUGGUGCAGUAAUUCCUGUAUUCACUUACAGCACUCAUUGCACUCCAGAAAAUUUUCUGGAAAUGUGCAUAGGAUUAUUUGCAUCAGAAAAGAAAAAUCAGUUUGCAUUUUCAGAUGCCCAAGAGAGUGAUCUAAUUUAGCAUGCUUGUUUUACUUUUAUUUAGUAAACAAAUCUAAAAACUUUGAAACUGUCAAGCAUGCCUAAUAAUUGUACUGCAAUUGGCAAUACAAUUUAUUGUUAAUAAUGAACUUAUGAAAUGGAAAAAUGUCCACAGAAAAAUAAAGCACUGGAAAAUUUUCCACUCAUUGGUCCUGGAGUGUGAAAGACAAGUUGCUUUUUAAACCUCCUAGGAAGUUGUAUAGCAGCCUUCCCAAAUCUGUGGUUUGGACUACAAAUUCCAUCAGUCCAGCUAUGUAUUUUCUGAGCUUGAAAUGCUGUCCAACUAGUUCCAUAUUGCUUCUCAGCACACCUUACUAUUCCUGUUGGUACUGUUUUUCUGGGAGGUUAGUUAGAUAUUUUGGUCCUUCUGUGUAGGGUGGUGUUCAAAUGACAAACCUACAUGGAACACCUGUUGGGCUGUGAUAAACCAAGGAAAGGGUGCCAAGCAAGGUGGGAAGAAGAUUAUCUAGGAGCCAAAUAUUUGGAGUGCCUUUCCAGAAUGUAAGACUUAAUUAGCACACCUGCCCAGGAAGCUGGCAGAUACCUGAGUGUCUUAUUAUAGUUCAUGCUGUACUCAAGCCUUUCUUCUGAGAGCCACAACACCAAUGCUGGUCCCCAUGUUAUGCAGGACAGCAUGCUUGCUUUACUACUGUUGCAGACACUCACUGCUGUUCCCAUCUUGCAGAUGAAGAGAACUGAGCACAUAAGAGGGUGACUGGUCAAUGGCUAUAUAGUGAUUAAUUCUCCCAUUUGGCCCUUGGACUACAGUACACUGUAUGUCAGUACCUCCUGAGGUAUAACACCAUGAUCAAUAUUCACCUCUAACUAAGGUGUAAAUCCUUGGUCAGGAAAAAUCCCAGACACUGCAGCAGAAUAUUCCUGAUAAGUAUUCUCUUUUUUAUAUGCUGGUGUCUUUGUCCAUGGAGUUUUCUUGGCAGGGAUACUGGAGUGGCUUUCCAGUUCCUGCUCCAGGUGGAUCACGUUUAGUCAAAACUCUCCACUAUGACCUGUCCAUCUUGGGUGGCCCUGCACAGCAUAGCUCAUAGCUUCUCUGAGUUAUUCAAGCCCCUUUGCCACGACAAGGCAGUGAGACAUCACCUUGCCGACAAAGGUCUGUAUAGUUAAAGCUAUGGUUUUCCCAGUAGUGAUGUAUGGAAGUGAGAGCUGGACCAUAAAGAAGGCUGAUCGCCGAAGAAUUGAUGCUUUUGAAUUAUGGUGCUGGAGGAGACUCUUGAGAGUCCCAUGGACUGCAAGAAGUCCAAACUAUCCAUUCUUAAGGAAAUCAGCCCUGAGUGCUCACUGGAAGGACAGAUCCUGAAGCUGAGGCUCCAAUGCUUUGGCCCCCUCAUGAGAAGAGAAGACUCCCUGGAAAAGACCCUGAUGUUGGGAAAGAUUGAGGGCACAAGGAGAAGGGGACGACAGGGGACGAGAUGGCUGGACAGUGUUCUUGAAGCUACCAGCAUGAGUCUGACCAAACUGCGAGAGGCAGUGGAAGACAGAAGUGCCUGGUGUGCUCUGGUCCAGGGGGUCAAGAAGAGUCGGACAUGACUAAACAACAACAAUUCUCUUUUUUAUUAUUAUUUGUUUUCCAAAUUAUUACAAAUCCAUCCAAAUUACUUUAAUUUUAUAUAAUUUAUUAAAAUCAGGUUUCCCACUCCUGUUGCAGACAUAUGUCCAUCUCUUCCUCCUGUUUCCACAUCUUCUCAUCUUUUAUUUCCAUUUCAUCUAUUACUUGUUGUUGUCCAUUCUUGCAGCAAGCCAUAUUUUCCUCCUCACAGGCAGCACCUCUGUCAUCUCUUAUAAAUAUUAAAUCUAUUUAACGUGUGCAGUCCUGCAUAAUCUUCAUGUUGUCUCAGACCUAGUGUGCUGGGAGAGUUGAAUAUUGUCUAUCCAUUCUUUGCUGCACAAUCAAUCUAAGGUCCCAGGGUGCAAUGUUUACAAGACCACGUUCCCACUUCCGCUGUUGACCACUUAGACACAGGCUGUGGCUAUAAAUAACUUGCAGAGAACAAAGCAACUCUUACAAUUAAAAGUCCACUCUGGAGUUCUUCCUCAGCGGACAGUUACAGCCAAAACCUUUUUCCAAGUACAGCCCUUUAUCAGAUCUAUGCAGCAGCUGCUCAGUCUUCUUACUCAGCAUUUUUGCAGGGGGGGACAAGAGAGAAAAGAGACCAUUUGAAAGCCAUAUAAAAGCAUAAAGCGCCUUGUCCUCCCUUUCUAGCUGUUGUGAGGAAUUUCAAACUUUAGAAAAAACAUUCAAAUACCUUCAAAGAACCAGACCCCGUCCUUUCGGCAGCUGAUUGAUUGCAACCUGUUAUCAUAUGUUGUUUCAGGAGCGCCUUUUGAGUAAACGCCAAUAUUCCAGAUUAAUGAGGAACCAGUCACAGACAAUGCCACGGGUGGAGGCUUGUCCAUGGCAGGGACACACUCCCAGGUCGCACCCGUUCUGCCUUUCAAAUUGGCAGACACGGGCUUAAGUGGCACAGCGGGAUGCAGUGAACUCCCCAGAACCCACUGGGGGGCAUUGCCAGGAAUUUCACCUCAUAAAUCCUGGCUUACCCCUGCCUGAACCUCCCCACAGCCCUGGAGGGCAGAGGAGAGCUAGCGCCAUGAAUCGUGACAUCAGCAAGAACCCCUCUGAUGCGUAUUCUCAUGCUUUUAUCUUUCUCCUUCCCUUUACUCCCCCCGCCCCUGCCUUACUUUGGAGACAGAUACGCUGCCCAACAUGUAGCCACCUGUGGCUGCACAGCUAUAUUAUACUCCAGGGCAGUGGCGGAAGAAGGCAGGUGGGGGGGUGCGGUGCGCCCUGGGUGUCAGCCAUGAGGGUGGGUGACAUUGCCGUGCCACCCCCCACCCCAGCCCACACUUGCUGCGUGGGCUGUACCCCGCUAGGGACAAUGCUGUCACGGGCAGCUAGCGGCGCCUGCCACCCGGGCGCUCGCUGCGCAGGUGGCAGGCGACUAGGGACGCUCACUGCGUGGGCGGCUAGCCCCACCCUCGCGCCACUCCGGGUGCUGGGGCAGCUAGCUCCGCCCCUGCUCCAAGGAUGGGGAACCUGUGACCCUCCAAACAUUUUUGGCCUUCUGUCAGUCCCAGCCAGCAUGGCUAGUGGUCAGGGAUGACGGGCAUUGGGAGUCCAUCAGCGCAAGGUCCCCAUCCCUGUCAUAGUCCUAGCUCUCUGCCUUCCAUCAGUGUGGCAUAUUUGCUUUUCAUGAUCAUCUGGUCCAGUAUUUUGUUUCCAAAUGCAUGGGCACAACAAACUUUAUUUUUCCUCUGCUGCAUCUGGUAUUUGUAAAGGUUCUAUUUAUCACAACCAGUAACCAUUACUUAGCCUUAUGCUCCAUGAAUUUGUGGAAUCUUGUUUUAAAGACAAGUAGGUUAGUCAGUGCUUGCUAGCAGCAUCCUACCUAUAUACCUGUCAUCAGUUUUGUAGGGCCCAAUAGGACUUAGCUGCUGAUUUGCUUAUAGUUUGUCUCAAAUUCCCCCCGGUGGGCCUGGCAGACCACUUUGGAAACCUGUUCUUUGGCACAGAGCCCAUGUGGUCUGAGUGCUGGUCAACUAAGUCUUAUUCAAGGGAGGCCUAUUGAAAUUAAUGGACCUAACUUAGCCUUGUUCAUUAAUUGUAGUGGUUCUACUCUGAGUAAAACUUAGCUGAAUUCCACCUGAGUUCAGAUCCCUCUGAAUUUGAUGGGUGGUUUACAAACCUCCAUUUUGUAGUAGUAGGAAAAACAGAGCUGCUGCUCUGCUUUUUUACAAUAACAAUUCAGCAGCUAGACAACCAUAAAUCUCUGUCAAAAUCUGAAUCCUUUUUCCUGUAUACAUUACAUACAGUUACAGAUCUCUGUUGUCUGCAAAGUUUAUUCUGUUUUUGCUAGCUAUGGGAAUAAAGGGAGCAAAGAGCUACAAGGAGCGCGAAGGACCUCAUGGCUGGAAUCCUGCUCAGCCCUCCUGACUUGAGAGACUGGUUUUAACCCCACCCCACCCCCUGUUUCAAAUUACAUUUUUUGGUAGCAAUAACAGUUAGGAACCAUACUUGAAAGGGAGAACUGUUCAAAUUCCAGACUUGGAAGAUGUGUGGCAGGGAGGGGAGGCGACGGAAUAUGGGCUGGGGAUAACCUUGACAGAUAAUCAUGGAAGAAUAGAUCAGAGGUGGCAGAGUAUAAAGAAGAUAAUUGAGGGUCUGGACUGGCAGUGUUGUAAGUGGAUUGUACUAGACAUCGUUUGGUGGAAGCAUAAUGGCCCUGCUGUUUAGAUGGAGCUAAAUUAUCCUGCUAUAUAUAUGAAACUAGGUAUCUUUUGUAAGCCACCUUGGGAGGAUUUUCCCCUCAAAGGUGGCAUACAACGAUGGUACUUUAAAUAUGUAAUAAAUGAAUUUGCUUCUGCAAAGAGAAAGCAAUCCAAGACUUCCAGGAUUGCAAAUACUGUAACAUGUGGGGGAUAUGUUCCAGGGGCUCCGUGUGCAUAAGUGAAAUCACAUAAAGUGGGUAGCAGCCUCCCAAUGCCUGUUUUUUCCUGCUUUCCAGCAAUCUCUCCACACAACUCUCUCUCCAACCAGAGCUGAAGCUCUGAGGCUGGCUGGAGGAUGUGUAGAAAAGCAGUGGCGGCGGCUGUUGCGCUGCCCCGCAUGUCAGCUGUGGCUGAGCAGCCCAAACAAAGCCCCACUGAGCCUCCGGUCCCUUUGGGACUUCCUUGGCCCUCACUGACGUCCUCUUUGGGCUCCAGAGAGGGACUCCUUGCGAGUCACAAGGACUCUCCAGCCCUCCCCUGCCAUGAUUCUAUUUAUUUAAUUUAUUUUCCAGCACCACGCAUAUAUGCGGUCACACACAAGUAGAACGCGCAUAAGUUGAGGGGAUGCCUGUACAAAACGCCUCCGUUUUGGAACGUUUCAGCUCCCAAAUGCCCAAAACCUGGAAGUAAGUGUUCAGUUUUUGAACGUUUUUCGGAAGCCAAAUGCCCAACGCAGCUUCCACUUGAGUGCAGGAAGCUCCUGCAGCCAAUCAGAGGCCGCGCCUCGGUUCUCGAACAAUUUGGAAGCCGAACGGGCUUCCGGAAUGGAUUACAUUCAACAACCAAGGUUUGCCUGUGUUGUAGCUUUUCUUUGCUUGAAUAGAAUUGUGGAAUAUGUACAACCACAACUGUAGUGAGCUGCACUUUGCAGAACUGCUUGGAAAUGGUGAAGUGUUUUGCUUCUUAAAAGUGCUAUAGAAAAUGAGUAAUCCUAAAGGUAAGGUUACUCUGUGCUGAGGAAAUGGAGUGACACAAAGUUACAAUAAUGGCCAAUUUUGCAUACUUGCUUCUGAACUUAAUACUAAGGUGUUUGAAGAUUUUGGAAAUUCCUUUUGGACAGAGAAAAGGAACAUCUCAGUAAUAGGCACUCAAGGUAGGAGGAAAUGGAAAACAUUGUCAGAAACCAGAGAGGGCCUAGUAGCCAUGCAGACCAGAAAACUUCCACCCUCUCUGCAUGUUGGAGCUUUUGAAAAGGCACAUUAUUUCCCUUUUUUCGAGAUAUAAAUUUUGCAGCUUUGAAGUCUAGAAACUUGUCUCCCCUUCACACAUACACAAUUUUGAGACUCCUAAGUAUAUUUUGAGACCAGAUUUUGCAACACUGUUUUCUGUGAGAAAUUUCACACACUGUGUUUUGCAAACUGAAGUACCAUAUACACCUGAGCUGAUGACUUGCUUACCUUUUUACUUUUACUUUUUACAGAAAACCUUUGCUCCCAACAUAAUUAGCAGGAAAAUCAAAGAAGAGUAAGUAGCUUUCUCAUGCUAUGUUGUCUGUGAAGUGUGACUAUAGAGGUUGUAAAUCCAGAUCUGGGGGAAAUAAGGAUUGUACCCAAAGUAGGGUUAAGUAACUUGCUCCCUCAGCACAAGGGUUUAUGCUUGUGCAAUAGAACUCCCCCCCCCACCUCAGAUGCACCCUCAAUCUGUUCUUGGGGUUCCUCCAAACCUCUGGAGCAGAUGUGGGGAGAGCAAUUGCAGAAGGUUGAGUGGAGUAAAGGUUCCAUUGCAAAAGUGUAAAGCCUUGUGCUAACAGAACAAGUGCAUUGGAUGCCGCCCUAACAUAAUAAUUUAGUGCAAAUGUGUAGUUUUCCUAGCUUCUAUCUGCAGUCUAUCCUAUGAGCCAUAUUUACAGGUGGGGGAUCUGUUAAAGAGCUUGGCACAUGUGAAAAUGGUCUUGGAGUAGCUGUCUCUGACAUAUUUCCACAUGCAGGAAUUUGUUACAUUGAAUUUAUUUAUUUGUAUUUAUUUAACAAUUUGUAUACCGUUUAAUCGCAAAAACCUUGUAAGUUAUUCAUCCAUGGGUUUCCCCCCAUCUUCAGUAUGAAAAGCUAUAUUGUGCGCUGUUUCUGCACAUUUGACUUGGCUCAUAUUCACACAUUAAGGCAUCAGACGCUCCUGUAGCUACUGGUGAGAAAUUGCAGGAGUCUUCUGGAUAUAUUGAAGCACAUAACAAGGGCAGGCUGCUUUUACUUUCUUGUGAUUCUGUUUGGUCUGCUUUUUCUUAGGCCAAAAGAGGAAAUUAACAUCAAGAAGGAGAAGAAGGAGCGUGAUCGAGACCGGCAGAGAGAUGGUCAUGGACGAGGCAGAGGGAGGCCAGAGGUCAUCCAGUCUCAUUCCAUCUUUGAGCAAGGUCCAGCAGAAAUGAUGAAGAAAAAAGGUAUGUGGAAGAUUAAUGUGAACACGCCUCUGUGGCCCAGCAUCUAGCAUUUGGGCUUGAACCUGAGACGCUUAUUUCCAAGUCCUUCCUCAUCUCUGGACUCCCAGGGAUAGCUUUGGCCAAGUCACUGCCUCUCGGUAUGAAUUAUCCCAGUCAGUAAAACAGGAAUAUUUCUUAUCUACCUCACAAAGAUGUUAUGAGUAAACUGUCACAGAGUACUCUGUGAAUAUUAAAUAGUGUUUCCAUAGAAAUUAAGAACAGUGCUCAAAAAUACCAGCAAGAGUUGAUACCUUUGGUUUCUGCUUUCUGUUGUUUCAUAUCCUCUUGAGAGUGAUAUAAAAUAUUUAAAACUGGCUGCUGUGGAAAAUAAAGCAAAAGCUGAAGCCAUGUUGGCAGUGAGCAGGCACACAGCAAAGAGGGUGCUUGAUUUAAAUGCAUGUGAGUGAACUGGACAUGCAGCAAAACCGUUGGCCCACGUCUUUGUCACACAUCAGCCAUGGUGGAUGUUAUCUUGGUGAACUUGAAAGGUUAUAUAAGCUGUCCUUUUGGGCAGAAAUUAUUUCCAUCUAGCUGCCACAGAGAAGGGAAAUGGGCCUAUUCUGCCUACUCUACUGAGAGACCAGAUCCAUCAGGCCUUCCCUCCCACAACUGUCACCUGAGAGCAACCAUUUGGUCAGAGGGAAACACAGGAAGCAGGACCACUCGAUCUUCCCUGCUGAGAGGCCAACUCUGUUGGGCUUUUUCUUUUCCUGGUGGGCUUCUUUUCAUCAUAAGUGUUGCUGGUUAACUUUAAGAAUUGGUUCCUCAAUUUGUCCUGUUCCCCCCCCCCCCAAUCUCAUUUUCUUUUGUGUGUUUUUUUUUUAGUUUGUAAGCCUGCAGGCAGGGGCCUUAUUGUUUUUAGUUUUAGCCUUUUCAUCUGAAGUGGAGUGGGAGGUCAAAAUGCUUUAAAAAAAUAAUGAAGUUCAAAACCUUCACACCUAAAGCUCAUCUUUAAUCCUAACCUGCACCAUGAGACCCAGCUCUAUUUUUUUUUUACUGUACUGUAUAUGUUCCAUCUUUCUCCACCACCCCCCUGGGUGUCUAGAUGCAGGGAACUCGGGGUUCUUGAGUAUUUCAAUAGCUGUAUAGAGGAGUUCAUUUUGGAAAGUGGUUGCCAAGGUAAGCAAAACUGCUUGAACUGUGUUUCUUGCUCUGAACAUGCCUUUCUAUCUUUUUUCGUCCUAGCCCUCUGUUCUUGUCUUUUCUCUCUGCUUGUACAACUGAAGGCAUAGCGGCACGCACCAGGCCUCGGGCUUCAGUUUUAAGGAAUGGCUUGAGCAGUCGACUUCACCACACAGGUUGCCCUCAAUUGUGGAAAUUCAAGCUUCAAGGCGCUGUAAUAGCCAAGUUACCACUUGCCAUUCGAGAUAUGUUCUGCUUACAGCCAUGCCAUUCUCUCUUUCGGCACAGGCACCUGGGAUAAGACUGUGGAUAUGUCUGACUUUGGCCCAUCCCACAUCAUCAACAUAAAGAAAGAGAAAAGGGAGACAGAUGAGGAAACCAAGCAGAUCCUGCGCAUGCUGGAGAAGGAUGAUGUGAGUUAGAUGGUGGCUGCAUUUUGGGACAGCCGUGUCUAUGCUGAAUCUUUUAAGGACAAAAAAUGGCAUGUAGCCCAUAAUCUAUGUCCCAGUUAUAGAUGCUGUCGUCUUUCCCAUUUUGAGGCAGGGAACCUUGGAAUCAUCUUUGACACACUCUUUCUCCUACCUCUCCUUUUGGGAAAGGACUGCAGCUUCACGGGAGGGCUAUAGCUCAGUGGUAGACCUUUCAUGCUGAAGGUCCCAGGCUCAGUCCCAGGUUCAGAUCCCCACCUGAAACCCUGGCAUAAUACUGCAUGGAUAAUACUGUGCUACUUGGUACCAGGAGCUCCCUAUGUUCCCCGCUAACCUCCUUACCCCAUUUCAUUUUUAAAAAAAAUCCACUCACAGUUGGCUUCCUUUUGUGUGUAUCCCUUUUUGAGAGCUUUGUUGGAGCACCAGAUGAGGGAAGGAGCUCUUAGGGAGGGUUGUUUAGGAAGCUUGUGAUAAUGAGACCCCCGUGCCAGUAUUGUUUAGCCCUGUUUUGCUGUGAGGUUUGUUUGUUUUAUAGUGUGUAUGUGCAACAGGUUCACUUUUAAAUAAAUGUUUUGUUCUCUAAAACUAAUUUCGCUACACAAUUAUGUGUCAGUUGUUGAUGAAAUAUUAAGAAAAAUCAGAAGCUCAGCAAGCCUGUUUACUGUUGUAUUCACAACAGGGUGUGGGUAUGUAUGUUUUCAUGUGUCCCCAUCCAUAUUAAUAUAAAUAUCUCCUCUCUAUUUAUCUGUCUGUCUAUCUGUAGGUAUGGGUGUCUGGCUACACACCCAUACACCCCACCACCAAGAACAGCUCCCUCAACAUUCAGUAUUUAAUUCAUUUUUUCUCUCCUGUUCCUUUGGUGCCAGUUCCUUGAUGACCCAGGCUUGAAAAAUGACAUCCGGAACAAGCCAGUUCAGCUUCCUCUGGCCCAUUCAGGCUGGCUUUUCAAGGAGGAGGAUCAAGAGGAUGUCAAGCCUUUGAGCUCAAGUGCCAGGGAGGAGGACAUGGAAGUAGACACAUCUUCAGUAAAAGGUAGAUGGUUCAAAUGGAUCUGCUGUGUCCCUCUGGGGAUUAUACCACUGGAUGUCACUACUACAGUCUUGUGGUGUCCUCUCGGACAACAAAGACAUAAAUCUGAAAAGUCACAAAUUUGCUUAAUUUAAUUAUCAUCUGUCAAGGGAGAGCUUGUAUUUGAGUUCCAGGUUCUGGGAGGGCAAACCGUGGUGGAUGGCUGUUGCUGUUUUGCCCUGCAUGUAGAGUUUAUGAAGACGCUUGAACUCAGGACAAAAGGAAGCACUUGGCAAACCCUCGUGAUCAACUCCCGCCCUGAAACCUAUGUCUCCACUGUGGAAGGACGUGUGGAUCCAGAAUUGGACUCAGUGUUAAAACUGUGUUUAUGGAAGACAAUCUUACUCGACUAUGAGCGAUCGCCAAAGAAAGAAAGAAGAUAGUCCAGGAGAACCUAGGAAGUGUUUUUUUCUCCCAGGUGCCAGGGAUUGAAACGGGGGCCUGCAUGCAAACUCUCUGCCACUGAACUGUGGCCCUUUCCCGUCAGAUGGUCCACUAUAGGAUACAGGGUGCUGAAGCCAGCAGGACUUUCCUUAUUUCUCUAGGCUGUAUGCCUUAUGUUUACUUCUGUGUAGAGGAGCUUGCCCAGGAUGCACUUAAUCAAAAGCAAAUAUCCUUUCUUCUCACAAUGCAUCUGUUCUAGCAAAUCUUGCUUGCUCUUGAUUUCUGCUCACAGUAUAUUAUGAUUGCAGUUUGCUUUUACUUUAUCUUAUACAUGCAGUGUGAUGGUUGCUAGUGAAAGUUGUAGACUCUCAUUUCAAAUCUCAGUAACCUGGUGUGAGGCAGGAAAUUGGACCAAGUGACUUCUAAUUUGUCUUUAUGGUUUUAUAAACUACUCAUAUUAUAGAAAUAUCAGAGCAGUGCAUAGAACACCAAAACUAAGUAUAAAAUAUGCAUCAGAAAUAAUCAAGUUAAAAUAGCAGUAGAAGACAACACCAGAAGACAACCACUGGACAAUAAAUAAAAGUCUUAAACAUGUGUCUGAAAGAAGAGAUUGUUGGAGCAUGCCUCAUCUCAGAAGUCAAUAAAUCAUCCAUUAAAGGGACUGCAAUACUGAAAGUCCUGCUAUUGGUAGACACCAUUUGAAUAUGAGAAGCCCUCAGUACCACCAGGAGGUCCUCUCCCAUGGAACAUAGUGACCAGGUAAUGGUGUAAUCCCUUGCAGCUCUGAUUUGAAUUGUUACGUCUCAUUUCAGUGAAAGAGGAGCCCCAUGAUGAAGAAGAGAACCCACUGGUCCUCAGACCAGCUCCUGCAAAGGCACCCCCUCCCUUCCCCCAGGAUGUGUCUGUUGCGGAGCUGCUGCAGCGGCUCAGCCUCUGCAAGGAGGACGAGUUGCUCUUUCUACAGCUACCAGAUACACUGCCAGGACAGCCGCCCACCCAGGACACCAAGCCCAUCAAAACUGAGGUGCAAAGUGAAGAUGGGCAGGUGAUGGUGAUAAAGCAGGAGAAGAACCAGGUAUGGGAAGACUUGAUUCCAGUUUAGAAUAAGAAGUAGCAGGGGGCAGGAUAGGAUGCCGUUGCUUAUGUUGCCAAAGAAGGGGCCAUAGGAAGGGAUGUGGAAGUGUAGAAAAGUCACCCCAUGUGUGGAGUGUAGGGCACAUGACUUCUUCAAUUUAAAAGUUUCUAGUCUUUCUGGGUGCUAAGAUGUACUUGAAACUGUAUGGGCUACACUUCAUGAUGCAUCAGAAGCCAGAGGCCUUAUUGCAUAGAAUUUCCAUUGUUGCCUACUCUAUAACCAGCAGAGGUAAAGUAUGUAAAAUGAGAAAUGGGUCAACAUUGUUUAAUUUGCAUAACUUUCACUGGUUUCCUGAGGUUCAGCUUAUUCAGUUGAAGGCACUAGCUCUUGGUUCGUGAGAAAACAAGGGUGGUUUCUGAAUACUCCAAGAUUGGUUUUCCCAGAAGGAUGGGUGAUGUUUGUAACUUUGUGCUUCCUUUUCAGGAAGCCAAAGAGGCAGAGAACAUCUGCACCCUUGGUGACCUCUCUGAAGGGCAGGUGGGGAAGCUGCUGAUCCGCAAAUCAGGGAAGGUGCAGCUAGUUCUGGGCAGGGUGACUCUUGACGUGACCACAGGGACACCCUGCUCCUUCCUUCAGGUAUGGCUUACUCGGGAAACCUCUCUUUUACUCACCCUAACAGUAGAUGACCUUUCAAAAUGCACAUUCCCUGCUAGCAAGUGAAAUGGAAAUGUUCAAAGGCAGUGUGCCUCUGAAUAGCAGUUGCCAGUGUGGCCAGUGGCAGAGAAGAGCUAUUGUCAUGUUCGUUGGCUUGCCUUUGCUGGUCUGAUCCAGUUGGGCUCAUAUAUUCUUACGGCUCAGUAUAGGCUUUGAUAGACAGGGGAGGGGAACCUCCAGCCUGCAGGACAAUCAGCUGAUGGAUUGAAGGGUAGAGUUAAAUCUAGCAUUGGUUGUAAACACCUGGUUGCAGCAGGGGAUUCUGAUGAAAACCCCUUUCUGAAUCAGAAAGAAGGGAGAAGGAUGAUGUGAAUUAGUUUUAACAGCACCCUUAAUCUGACUUCAUUGUGCCAUCAGGUGAUUGACAGAUGGGCAACCCCACUCACCUGUCAAAUCAGGGUCACGAGGCAAAUCCUCAUGAGGACUGAAAAGGUUCUCUAUCCCAGCCUCAAGGGGACACAGGCAUCUUCAUGAGAUGGAGUGGUAUACAAAAUCAACCAUACUCAGAAAAGAGCUGUUGAAAUUAUUGGAUAUGACUAAAUUAAUUUCAUUGGGCCUUCUCAGAGUAAAGCUUAGCUGGAUUCCCCCCACCCAUGGUCAGCCUCUGUGCUGGAACCAGAGUGUGAUGUGUCUGAGGGGCUGCACCUAAAACAUGCGCAGGGCACUUGUCAAAAAGGUGCUGUCACCAGGAGCCCAGCAUGGGGUCCAGCUCCUUGUCCACUGUCAGUUUGGAGUUUGGGUUUCUUAGCGGUAUAAUGUCUCUUUCCAUAUAUUUUGUCCUGGGGUUCCCAGGGCAGAACACAAAAUAUGCACACACAAUAUGCACACUAUGAAGGUCACUUUUUUGGAUGAAAUCUGGGUUUCCUGUCAAGCUACAUGCAAGUGAGGGAUGAAAAAGUAUUUGUACAUGUUUUUCUGUGAUGGCAACCUCUAUUUUAAAAACAGGGAGCCCUUCGUAAUUAAGUAAAAUAAGUAUGGAUUUAUUUGUUUUUAACUUAGGCAUCAUAACUCGGGUACAAAAUUGGAGAGAGCUCCAGGUUUUUAGGGAUUGGCAAAAGAAAUUCCCCCACAAAGCAUAUUGUUGUCCCCGGUAGUGACAGUGGUACUUUCUCUUCUCUGCUGGACUUCUGGUCCUAUUUCUGUCUGAGUAGGAGGGUGGUAGCUGAAAGCCGCUGCCAUCACCUCUCUGGCAGAUCGAGGGGGAUGGGAGACUCAGUAGGCAGCAGCAGCACCAAAGCACAGAGGAUGAAAGGAAAGAAUGCGUCUGCCACUUCUGUAGGGGGAAUCAGAGCAGUGGUGGGCCCAGCCUCUGCUGUUGCCUGAUGCCAACCCCUGGUUGUGGUCCUGUAUAAAACAGUGCAUAUGAAGUGGCUCAGAGCAUCACUCUACUGGUAAUUGGAACAGGUUUGAGCAUCUCAAACUCAUUCUGUACCGGAGCCACCAAAGGCUUCAAUAAAGGAUCUGGCUGCCUACUUUCCUAGAUAGCUGCCAUUGGGAAUCCUCCAUUAGUCUUCUAGAAAUAAUAACCAACACCUUGACUCUUCUUCCCCAUGAAUUGAUGACCCACAAAGUUGGUAGAGAGCACCCUCUUAAUGCUUCAGUCUCAGAAUGUCAAGGGAUUUUUUAAAGCUAAAUUUGUUUCCCCAUAUCAUAGCUAGGAAGGGACAUGGGUGGCGCUGUGGGUUAAACCACAGAGCCUAGGACUUGCUGAUCAGAAGGUUGGCGGUUCGAAUCCCCGCGACGGGGUGAGCUCCCGUUGCUUGUCCCUGCUCCUGCCAACCUAGCAGUUUGAAAGCAUGUCAAAGUGCAAGUAGAUAAAUAGGUACCGCUCCGGCGGGAAGGUAAACGACGUUUCCGUGCACUGCUCUGGUUUGCCAGAAGCGGCUUAGUCAUGCUGGCCACAUGACCCGGAAGCUGUACGCCGGCUCCCUUGGCCAAUAAAGCGAGAUGGGCGCCGCAACCCCAGAGUCGGUCACGACUGGACCUAAUGGUCAGGGGUCCCUUUACCUUAUCAUAGCUAGGGAACAGUUAAAAGACUUGGCUAAGGAAUUAGAUGAGAUUAUUAACUUUCAGCAUUGCAUUUUCUAAUAUCACAGUGCUUCCAGCUGUGAACCUAUAGGACUACGAUCAUGGGUAGGCAAACUAAGGCCCGGGAGCCAGAACCUGCCCAAUUACCUUCUAAAUCCAGCCCGUGGACAGUCCAGGAAUCAGCAUGUUUUUACAUGAGUAGAAUGUGUCCUUUUAUUUAAAAUGCAUCUCUGGGUUAUUUGUGGGGCAUAGAAAUUCAUUCACCACCACCCCAAAAUAUAGUCCGGCCCCCCACAAGGUCUGAGGGACAGUGGACCAGCCCCCUGCUGAAAAAGUUUGCUGACCCCUGUUCUAGAUUGUACAGGGCUGACCCCUGACUAAGACAACAGGCAUAUAUAUAUAUACCUCCAUUAUUGUGCUAUGUUACUAUUCUGUUAGCAGAAGGAUUUCCACAUUCACAAGAAAGCUGACAAUCACAUCUCCGAUACUAAAAUGUAUGCGGUGCCAUCUCUGUCACUGAAUGAAGAAGGGUGUUGAAGGAGUUGAAUACAGGCAAUGACCAAUUAAUGUACAUUCAGAGGGCACAUGACGAACCCACCAGUGACCUGAAAACGUCACUCAACAUGUCACAAAAAGGGAGGAAUGGGGCAGGGCGCAUUUAUAGGCACUCUGCUGAUGUGGGGGGUGGGAGCGAGAACGGAACCUCCAUGCGAAAUGGUUGUUGACUUUACUGCCCUUAGUUCUGAAUAACAGAGAUGGCCAAAGACAUCUUAGUAUCCGAGAUGGAAGAUGUUAAUGGAGCACAAUCUACCAGGAAGUUCUGCGCAAGUCUUAAUUAAAUGAAUGAGCGCUGUUGACGUUUCAGUAGGAAUUAGCUGCUCCCCCCUGCCUCAUCUGCAGAAAAAUGUUCUUGAUGAGCUAUGGGGUUAAAGAGGAUUUGGUGUUUUAACCCGCUUGUGGAGACUAUCAGAGGUCACAAAGAGAAAGGAAAAAUAUAUGAAAAUAACAAGAAGAGAUGUUGAAAAACAAUAAGAAAGGACUGGAUAGUACUGUGAAUAUCAUAUGGUCAGAUUUGUGGACAUUAAAGCAGCAGCAAGAUGAUGAUUGGAUCCCCUUCGGAACUUGAAACUUGAAAUAUGGGUACCCCCAACAAAAAUUUAAAAUUCGGCUUUGUAAUUUGGAAUUUAUGUAAUUUGGUUUGGUUUGAUUUGAUGUGAUUGGUCGGUUAAUAAAAAUUAUUCUUAAAAAAAAAAAAGAGGAUGUGGUGGUUAACAGCUUUUUCUUUUGCCCUUGGAAGGAGCUGGUGUCAGUGGGCAUUGGAGACAGUAGGAGUGGCGAGAUGAUCAUCCUGGGCCAUGUGAAGCACAAGCUGGUCUGUGCCCCGGAUUUUGAAUCCCUGCUGGAACAGAAGCAUCGGUAGAGAGCAUGGGCUGUGGCAAAGGCCUGUGGACAGGACUGCUCGCCCUUCCUCGAGGUUCCUUUAGAAGCAGCAGUGACUGGCCUGUCCAGAAGAGCCUGGUUCCGAAUCUGGAGAGUGCAGAGGUCAUCCUAAGACAACCUCCUAGACAAGACUUUGCAGUGGAGCAGAACUGUGUGACCACUUGCUGCGUUUGGGUCUCUGAAGCCAUAAAGUGUUACGUUGGAGAUGCUCCAAUGGCCUACCCUUCUCCACAGGUCUAAUUUACAAGCAGCGUAUAGCAGACAAGACUGUGUCACAAUCCCAGGCACCAGAGUCCUAGUAGGGGAUUUGUCGUGUGGGAGAGGCUUUUGAGCAGAGAUUUGGCUGUUCAGCCAUUACCUCCAGAUGAAGAGGAAGGGUGCUCCCAUUCCAAAUGGUUCUUUGGAUUCUCAGGAUGAAGCCAGUCCUCUCUGAAAUUGUUCAUAUAGUUUCCCCCUUAUUUUUGAACAGCUACAAAAUGUCUGUGCAUUUUUUAAAAAGGUAUCUGGUUGCCAGGGCUUGUGAUUUGACGUGCCUGUCAAUACUACUUCAUGUAUGCCAAAAGCAGCAACAGGUUUCUUUAGAGAGGCCAGAAAAUGGCAUGAAGGGGGGCACCGUCCCUCGCCCAGUCUUGUUUUUGGUUUCCCAUCGCCUGCCGUGUUGCUUUCCUUGAUGAAUGUAUGGUGCAUGUGAUGCUGAUAGUGAGUUGGGUGUAUUUUGUCCCACCAGCUGUGCAUCUUGCAUAUAUAACAUAUUCAAUUAGCCUUUGAUGAGGGAGAGCAGUACAGGAGAUGGUGCCGAGAUAAAAUGAAUAAUCACCCCUAAUGGUAUUUUUUGAGGGGAAAGUUUGCCUGUUAAGAGUUUGAUUUGGGCUCUGGAGUGUCCUGAUUUCACCCUCUACCAUACUUUUAGUCUGCAGGGAUGAUGAAGCUGUAAAUCAUGUGCUGUUUAUCGUGUCUGGGAAAUGCAGGACAACAAGGUUGUAGGGCAGGGAUGAGGAACCUCUGGACCUCCAGAUACUGUUGGACUCCCACUCCCAUGGCCUAGUGGUGAGGGAUUAUGGGAUCUGCAGUCUGCCACCACCUGAAGGGCCACAGAUCCCCCAUUCCUGCUGUAAUGGUUUUAUAGAGCAGGAAUUAAAACCUGUCAUCUUCUAAAUGUUUAUUUUUAAAUUCAAGAUGUGGAAGUUAUAAAAAUCUGCUGGAAAAAAGCUAAAUGUUAAUUCAGCUGGACCCCUGCUCAAGCACUGCUCUUAGAUAAGGACAGACUUAUAGGAUUUCUUAAGGAAAACUCAUUGCCGUGGUGCCAUGGCACAAUUGUUGAGCUCCAUCUGGUGGCUGUGUAUCUAUAAAUAAAAAUGAGGAAGUGGCUUUUGCAUCGUGUGGAAAAAGUGGAUAGAGUGUUUUUCUCCAUCCUGAUACUAGAACAUGGGAUCAUCCAAUGCAGCUGAAUAGUGGGAGACUGACGUACUUCAUGCCACACACAGGUAAGCAAGCACUUUGGAAUCCACAGCUUUCCCUAUUUCUUCAAAGCUUGUAUAUAUUUUGUGAAGUGUUUGUAUGUCUCCGUUUUACCUGUUCCUCUGUUCUUUGCAGCUAUGAGACCAGGAGAAUGCCUUUGAGAAAUAUUUUAUUAAUGAAUUAAACUGAGCUUGUUUAACUGCUGCCCUCAAAGCCACACUGCUUCAUCGGAAGGCAGCCCUGUUUAGCGAAGCUUUUAAUGUUUAAUAGACUAUUGUAUUUUAAUAUUCUGUUGGAAGCCGCCCAGAGUGGCUGGGGAAACCCAGCCAGAUGGGCGGGGUAUAAAUAAUAAAUUAUUAUUAUUAUUAGCGGCUAAUUUGAUUUCAACUGAUUACUUUGGUCCAAGAGCAUUUCAUGUACCUUGAAGGAAAGAGACAGUUUGCAUUGCACUUCAGCCUGGAUGGGCAUCAUCCGUGGCAGAUAUGCCAUGACUUGCUUUCUUUCUAGACAUAAAUAGAGAGUGCUGAAUUGCCUCCUCCACCUCACCAUAAGCUUUAUCUCCUCUCAUCUGAUUCCUGAUGUCACUGAUGCUCAGCUUUAUUUGAAGUGAUGACAGUUCUGGAUAUCCAGCGGGACCUGCAAAUGGCAAAAUGAAAAAUACCCUGGAAGGAGAAAGAGACUACUAAAUUGGCAAUAUUAUGGUAGUGAUGAAGUCCUGCUGUCGCAAAAUUGUCAUGCCCAAUUAGGUUCUUUUAAUUUGUUUCGGUGUUUUAACCUCCCUUCUUGACAUUGAUGUGUGUAUGAGUGCAUAUUCCCUGUCUUGACUUUACUUUUUAAACAAUAAUACACUAUUAUAGAGAAAUCUAAUAUUGGUUGUCUGAGGUUUAUUUGUGCCUUCCCUGGAGCACACUGGGUCUCAUCUAGGUUAAAACACCUAAACAAAUUAAAAGAACCUAAUUGGGCAUAACAUAAUUGGUGUUUUUUUAUUAUUAUUUGUGCAAGGUCUACUAUUUAUUUCUUCUUUAAAAAUCACAUUAAAAAUAAGUCUUUAUUUUACACAUAAAAAUAAGUAUGAAAAACAUUAACACAGUUUUUUGGGGGGGGGUUCUUAAAAAUAUUUAUUGGUGCAAACUGUAGACCUUCACAAAGGACUUGGAACGCUUGGCAAUCUUCCUCUUGCCCAUGCUGGCUGUCACUUUGCGUGGGUAGCGAUCAAUGCCAGCCACCAGGAUGUGCCAACAUCAAUAUUCUUAACAAUAACAGCUUUGCUUCCAGAGUAACGCCAAGCAAGGACAAGGACGACUUUUCCUCUUGGAGCUGCAGCAGCGAUGGCACCCACGCCGGAAGAGCAACAUAAUCACAAUUUGAUUAGCAAUAAUGCUGACUUGGAAAUUUAUUAUUGUGUCAUGCAUUCAGAAACGUCCUUGUAUGAGUCUUCUGCAAGCCAGUGCUUUAUAGUUUUCUUUGUAGUCUCUGCUGCUUUGUCGGUGGACUGGACACCUAAAGACUUUGUGUCUGCAGUCACCUCCUGCUCUUGUUGCACUCUGUGAAGUUUUUGUUUUCUCACCUUCUCCUCUCUGUGCUCUGCAAGAGCUUUUGCAUUAGCCAGUUCUCGAUCAAAAUAUUUGCACUGUUUCAUUCUCGCCAUGUCUGCUUUAGCAAGCCAAGUUUUGAGGUCCUCAAUUUCAUCCUUGUUCGAUUCAGCACCUUCAUCAAGUUUGGCCUUGAGAGUUUGCUUCUCUGCAAGUGCACUUUCUAGGCAGUUCUCCUCCUCUAACACAGCCUCAAGGCGGACCACCUCAUUCUUGGAAGCUCGCACUUUAAGCUCCGUUGCCAUCGUGUUUUAUCCUUUCUUUAUCCUGGGAAUUUCUCCUCAAUUCACUCAUGGCAUUUUCCAGCUCUUGGUUUUUCAGCUUCAAACUCUCUUGCUCUCUUUCAAGAGCCACAAACUCAUAAGUGAAUAUGUUCUCCUUCAGCUCUCUGAGCUCACAUAUCAGCUGCUCUUUCUCUAGUCACAGGUUUUCUAGUUCUACUUUUAAGGCUUUUUGUCCUGUGAGAGCAUUAUCCCUCUCAUCUGCUAGGAUUUCACAAAGCAUGACAGAAUCUGCAAAACUCUGGAAGAGCAUUUUUUCUUUUUCUUUUAGUGCUAUAUGUUGACUCCUGAGUAAUGAAGAUUCUCCCUUGGAAUCCAGUGCUGCUGCCUCAGCAUCACUGAGAGCCUGCUUCAUUUAUUCCAUUUCGGCCCCCGAGUUAUUCAAAAUCUUUUUUAGCUCACUAACAUUGUUUUCCAGUGUUUCAAUUUUAUUCUUUUGCUCCUUGAUCUGCAAGUCUUUUGACAUUACUUCCUCCAAACCAACCUCAGACCUUGGAAUCUGUUAUUCUUCAGGAAUUGUAACACUGGCUGUCAUCCAUUGAUCUUCAUAUUCGGAAAACUCUGAGGAUAUAGACUCUCAACUCUGCUGGACAAGGCAAAGACCUUUUAAACUGUUUGGCUUUUGGGGAAAAGCUUCCCGGGAGACAUUCCCCCUCCUUCCUGGUUUAUUGUUCUUGGUCCGCAGGUCACUCUACUCCUCUGUCAAACCUUGAACUCUUCCGAUGAUGCAGAAGUUGACAUCACCAGCAUCUCAGUAAGAAUCCUUACUUUCUCCUCCUCCUCCUUUUGAAGAGCAUUCUUCUCUGAAACAAUCUGUGCCAGUUCUUUUAUGCGUUGUUUCAGGUUCUGCUUGAGCUAUCCGUCUCUUUGCUUUCAAUUCUCAUUUGGAAGAUUGUAUACGAAUGGCUGCUUCCUUUAUUCAUUUUCGUCUCUCCAAAGUUGUGUGCCAGACGCAGACAGGAUCCCGUUGUCUGGUCACCCAAGCUCUUACUGGGUCUGAUCAGUCCAGUGAAGAGUGGUGCAUAUGGAUCUGUGUGCAUGGAUGUGUGUAUGAGUGCAUAUUCCCUGUCUUGACUUUACUUUUUAAACAAUAAUACACUAUUAUAGAGAAAUUUAAUAUUGGUUGUCUGAGGUUUAUUUGUGCCUUCCCUGGAGCACACUGGGUCUCAUCUAGGUUAAAACACCUAAACAAAUUAAAAGAACCUAAAUGGGCAUAACAAAAUCAGUGGUUAAUUCCACUGCUUUACUGCUUGGCAUUUUGCAGUGAGAAUCCCUUCUCCCACUGAAAACUUGGGAUGAAAGGUUGCAGAAUAUUCUAAGCUAUCUGUCUUCAGCUUUAAAUUUAUAGAUCUGUUUAGUGUUGUGAUUCUAGUUCCGCCUCUGGCUGUGCAAGAUGCUUUGUGAUUGCCUGCUUUGGCCUACCCAGACCCCCACAAUUUCGCCAGCACUUCUGUGGGGCUUCUGCUCCUCUUCCAGAAGUUGCUGGCGCUUUUCCUUUCAAGAGUGCCUCAAGAGAAAAAGGAAACAGUCACCAUUUGGAAGUUGCAAUGGUAAAGGAGGUAUGUGCUGAUCACCCAUAGGACACAUUUAAUGAUGCAAGUUGUCUUUGAUAUACCGUGCGGUCUGAAGAGCCUUCAUAUUCAGCGUUCCUCCCUGAACCCCUUUCCGGCCAAUGAGUAUUAGGCAUACAGGGUUGACCAGGACUACAGUGAUGGCAUGGGUGCAGCUGUCUCCAUUGUCCCCAUACAGCUUGGUCCGGAGAUCCAUGGUGUAUUGAUGGGCAUCAGUAUAGAGGUUGUCACGUAUGACCAGACACUUGAGCCCACCAAGGGUCAACCCUUGUGUGAGGAGGAUAUCUCUGCUCCUACCAAGGAGAGCUUGGAUCUCUGGCUUGGUCACUCUGGUCAAUAUGCCACUUCGGUGAGCACCUAGGAGUUGCUGUUGAGCUAUAGAGACAACUGCUGCAUCCCAGCAAAUCCCAUCUCUCAUGAUGCUGUUGAUAUACCUCUGCCAGACAGUCAUUUUGUGAUUUAAGAGUCUGUUAUGGUAAGAUGUAUCCUGCAGCCAGUUGAGCAGGAGGGAUAAAGACAAGCUCUCCUUUUAGGGGUAGGUUGCUUCUUUAGAAUCUCUAGCUGGAUGUUGGUCAUUAGAUGAGCAGGAGCUGUUAUGUGUCCUUUCUGUCCAUCGCAUGUGCUUGGGAAGACGAGUGUUGUAGGCUGAAGCAGUAGGAUGGUGAUUACUUACAGAGAGUGUUUCCUUCUAGCAUUGAUGUACGUGUCUUUUGGUGUCUCAGCCAAGGAUAGCUUGCGAUCAAGUUUUUGGGCACAAAAAGUCUCCUGCAGCAGUCUCCUUGAUACCACCUAUCAGUAGUCACUGCUGGCAGUAAACACCUCCUUUUCAUAACCUUUUUGCUCCUUGCUCUAGAACUCUGGAAGCAGUUAGAGUCUUUCUGGUUGUGAUGUCAUAAUGUUUGUGUCUCCUGGACAAAUCAGGUUGGCCUGUCUUGCUUUACUGCUUACAUAUUAUAAAUAUUAAGUGGUUUAGAAAUCCUUCUAAAUUAAUAAAAUUAAAUAUUCUAGGGUCAUUUGUUGUUUUCUAUACAUCCCAUUGCAUUUUGCAGCCAGUGAACACUUAGAGGCAGCCAUUUUGCUGCACAUCUGCAUUCAAUAACCUGUACAGUGGGACCUCGGGUUACAGACGCUUCAGGUUACAGACUUCGCUAACUCAGAAAUAGUACCUCGAGUUAAGAACUUGGCUUCAGGAUGAGAACAGAAAUCGUGCUCCAGUGGCGCGGCAGCAGCAGGAGGCCCCAUUAGUUAAAGUGGUGCUUCAGGUUAAGAACAGUUUCAGUUUAAGAACGGACCUCCGGAACGAAUUAACAUUUUCCUUACCACUUGGCAGAAUGAUACAAGUGGCUUUCCCUAUUCUGAUUUACGUUGAUUUUAAUCUGAUUCUAAGCUGUAUUUCAGUCAAUUGCUGGAUUUUAUGUUUUAAUGUAUUAUAUA